AUGGCGCAAGAGCUCAAAGCAAAGGGCAACGAGCUCUUCAAAGAGGGCGAUUACACCGGCGCCGAAGACUUCUACUCCCAAGCAAUCGCCAAAAACCCCAAAGACCCAAGCUUCUUCACAAACCGCGCAAUAACCCGAAUAAAACUAACGAAAUGGGCGGAUGUCGAACACGAUGCGCGCAGCGCAAUAACCCUCUACGGUCCUAAAAACCCCCUCGCCCUAAAAAGCAGCUACUACCUCGCGCAAGCACUGCUCGGCCUCCAGCGCCCACAAGAAGCCUAUGACGUCGCGUCCGACGCGUACACGCAGAGUCUCGCGGCGAAGAAUGCCCAGACGGAGAAUCUAUCGCGGACUGUAUUGCGCGCGAAGCAGGCGAUUUGGGCGGCUAGGGAGACUGGGCGGUUAAGGGAGAUGAAUGCUACCCUAGGCGCUGUGGAGGGGCUUAUUGAGGCUGAUGUCAAACGGGCUUUGGAGGAGUUGGAGGGUCGGUUGGAACGUGGGGAGAUUGGGGAGAUUGGGUUUGGGGAGGAUCGGGAUGCUUUGAGGGCUGAUGCGGAGAAUAAUAUUAGGAAUGUGAGGGAGGCUUUUGCUGUUUCUUCUAAGGGGGAGGUUAAGGAGAGGGUUGUGCCGGACUAUCUGAUCGAUGGUAUUACCUUUGAGAUCAUGCAUGAUCCGGUUAUUACGCCCUCUGGGACUAGCUUUGAUCGCAUUGGGAUCACCAAGUAUGUUGAGAAGUCUGGGGUUGAUCCUUUGACUCGCACGCCCAUGACUGUCAGUGACUUGCGCAAUAACUAUGCACUCAAGGCUGCUUGUGAGGAGUUCUUGACGAACAAUGGAUGGGCAGUGGAUUGGUGA